GCGCCGGCCCCAUGCCGGUGCUGAGCGGCUGAGCGCAGCGCCCCGCCGCCCACGGGCACAGGACAGCUCCGUUAGCAGCACCCAUCCCAGCCGGCGCCAUGGCGGGAGCAUCCGUCAAAGUGGCGGUGCGUGUGCGGCCCUUCAACUCCCGCGAGAUGAGCCGGGAGUCCAAAUGCAUCAUCCAGAUGUCAGGAAGCACCACCACUAUCCUGAACCCGAAGCAGCCCAAAGAGACACCCAAAAGCUUCAGCUUUGACUAUUCCUACUGGUCCCACACCACGCCUGCAGACAUCAAUUAUGCAUCUCAGAAGCAGGUGUACCGUGACAUCGGCGAGGAGAUGUUGCAGCAUGCCUUCGAAGGCUACAACGUCUGCAUCUUUGCCUAUGGGCAGACUGGUGCUGGCAAAUCCUACACCAUGAUGGGGAAGCAGGAGAAGGACCAGCAAGGCAUCAUCCCACAGCUGUGUGAGGACCUCUUCUCCCGCAUCAAUGACACAACCAAUGACAACAUGUCCUACUCCGUGGAGGUGAGCUACAUGGAGAUCUACUGCGAGCGGGUGAGAGACCUCCUGAACCCCAAGAACAAGGGGAACCUGCGGGUGAGAGAGCACCCCCUCAUGGGUCCCUAUGUGGAGGACCUUUCCAAGCUGGCCGUGACCUCCUACAAUGACAUCCAGGACCUGAUGGACUCGGGGAACAAGGCCCGCACGGUGGCUGCCACCAACAUGAAUGAGACCAGCAGUCGUUCGCACGCUGUCUUCAAUAUCAUCUUCACCCAGAAGCGGCACGAUGCCGAGACGGACAUCACCACUGAGAAGGUCAGCAAAAUCAGCCUGGUGGACCUGGCUGGCAGUGAGCGAGCUGACUCAACCGGCGCGAAGGGCACAAGGCUGAAGGAAGGAGCAAACAUCAACAAGUCCUUGACCACACUGGGAAAAGUCAUCUCUGCUCUGGCUGAAAUGGAUUCGGGGCCAAAUAAGAACAAGAAGAAAAAGAAAACAGAUUUCAUCCCAUACCGGGACUCAGUGCUGACCUGGCUGCUAAGGGAGAACCUGGGAGGCAACUCCAGGACGGCCAUGGUCGCUGCGCUCAGCCCUGCUGACAUCAACUACGAUGAGACGCUCAGCACAUUAAGAUAUGCCGACCGCGCCAAGCAGAUCCGCUGCAAUGCUGUCAUCAACGAGGACCCCAACAACAAGCUGAUCCGGGAGCUGAAGGAUGAGGUGGCCCGCCUGCGUGACCUUCUCUAUGCCCAGGGGCUCGGGGACAUCAUUGACACCCACCCUGCUGCGGGAGGAUCCAAAUUGACCAACGCAAUUGCUGGCAUCAGCCCCUCUUCCUCCCUGUCGGCUCUCUCCAGCCGCGCAGCCUCUGUUGCCAGCCUCCAUGAGCGCAUCAUGUUUGCUCCAGGCAGCGAAGAAGCUAUUGAAAGGCUCAAGGAAACAGAGAAGAUCAUUGCUGAGCUGAAUGAAACGUGGGAGGAGAAGCUGCGCAGAACCGAGGCGAUCCGGAUGGAGAGGGAAGCCUUGCUGGCCGAGAUGGGGGUGGCCAUGAGAGAGGACGGAGGUACCCUGGGUGUUUUCUCUCCAAAAAAGACGCCCCACUUGGUCAACCUAAAUGAAGACCCGCUCAUGUCUGAGUGCCUUCUCUACUACAUCAAGGAUGGGAUAACCAGGGUUGGCCGGGAAGAUGCAGAGAAGAGGCAGGACAUUGUUCUCAGUGGGCACUUCAUCAAGGAGGAGCACUGCCUUUUCCGCAGUGACACGAGGACCGGUGGUGAAGUGAUUGUGACCCUGGAGCCUUGUGAAGGCGCUGACACCUACGUGAAUGGCAAAAAGGUGACAGAGCCCAGCGUCCUGCGCUCAGGAAACCGGAUCAUCAUGGGGAAGAGCCACGUGUUUCGCUUCAACCACCCCGAGCAGGCCCGGCAGGAGAGGGAGCGGACGCCGUGUGCUGAGACACCUGCUGAGCCCGUGGACUGGGCCUUCGCCCAGAGAGAGCUGCUGGAGAAGCAGGGCAUCGACAUGAAGCAGGAGAUGGAGCAGAGGCUUCAGGAGCUGGAGGACCAGUACCGGAGGGAGAGGGAGGAGGCAAAUUACCUUCUGGAGCAGCAGCGGCUGGACUACGAGAGCAAACUGGAGGCUCUGCAGAAGCAGAUGGACUCUAGAUAUUACCCUGAAGCCAAUGAGGAAGAAGAAGAACCUGAAGAUGAAGUGCAGUGGACAGAGCGGGAGUUCGAGCUCGCCCUCUGGGCCUUCAGGAAGUGGAAGUGGUACCAAUUCACCUCCCUCCGUGACCUGCUCUGGGGCAAUGCCAUCUUCCUCAAGGAAGCCAAUGCCAUCAGUGUAGAGCUGAAGAAAAAGGUGCAGUUUCAGUUUGUCCUCCUGACAGACACGCUGUAUUCACCUCUUCCUCCUGACCUGCUGCCUCCCGACGCCGCCAAGGACCGGGAGAAGCGGCCAUUUCCCCGCACCAUCGUGGCUGUGGAGGUGCAGGACCAGAAGAACGGGGCAACGCAUUACUGGACCCUGGAGAAGCUCAGGCAGCGCCUGGACUUGAUGCGCGAAAUGUACGACCGUGCAGCAGAAGUGCCUUCAAGCGUCAUUGAGGACUGCGACAACGUGGUGACCGGCGGAGAUCCCUUCUAUGACCGCUUCCCGUGGUUCAGGCUGGUUGGCAGUUCAGAUAUCUCUGGCUGCAACAGCUCUCCUCUUUUCAACACAUGCAUGAGCGAGCGCAUGGCUGAUCUCACCCCCUCCCCUACCUUCUCGAACCCCGACUCCGACAUCACCGAGCCUGCUGACGAGCAGCACGAGGGGCAGGAGGAGGAGGAGGAGGAGGAGGCGGAGGACCUGGAGGAAGACAUCUUUCCGGAGUGCCCGCUGUGUGAUGGCCGGGAUCCGUUUUACGACCGCUCCCCCCUGUUCAGUUUAGUAGGAAGGGCCUUCGUCUACCUCAGCAACCUGCUGUACCCCGUGCCCCUGGUGCACCGCGUGGCCAUCGUCAGCGAGAAGGGCGAGGUGAAGGGCUUUCUGCGCGUGGCCGUCCAAGCCAUCUCAGCCGACGAGGAAGCCCCAGACUACGGUUCUGGUGUGCGGCAGUCGGGGACAGCGAAGAUCUCCUUUGACGAUCAGCACUUCGAGAAGUUCCAGUCCGAGUCCUGCCCUGCUGUAGGCAUGUCUCGCUCGGGGACCUCCCAGGAGGAGCUGCGCAUCGUUGAGGGCCAGGGGCAGAUCAGUGACUUGGGGCCCUCCGCCGAUGAAGUCAACAACAACACCUGUGCUGUGACCCCAGAGGACCUUCUCCUGGACAGCUCGGAGAAGUCCACGAUGGAUGGGCCUCUGGAGGCAGCUCUGGACCACCUGAAGCUGGGCAGCAUCUUCACGUUUCGAGUGACCGUCCUGCAAGCCUCCAGCAUCUCAGCAGAAUAUGCGGAUAUCUUUUGCCAGUUCAACUUCAUCCAUCGCCACGAUGAGGCCUUUUCAACGGAGCCCUUGAAGAACACGGGGCGAGGGCCACCACUGGGUUUCUACCAUGUCCAAAAUAUUGCUGUGGAGGUGACCAAGUCCUUCAUCGAAUACAUCAAGAGCCAGCCGAUUGUAUUUGAGGUGUUUGGGCACUACCAACAACACCCCUUCCCACCCCUCUGCAAGGACGUCCUCAGCCCGCUGAGGCCAUCCCGGCGCCACUUCCCACGGGUGAUGCCACUUUCCAAGCCAGUGCCCGCCACCAAGCUAAGCACCAUGAAUCGUCCCAGUGCUGGGCCCUGCCAGUGCAAGUAUGAUCUGAUGGUCUUCUUCGAGAUCUGCGAGCUGGAGGCCAACGGCGACUACAUCCCGGCUGUGGUGGAUCACCGUGGAGGCAUGCCGUGCCACGGGACCUUCCUCCUCCACCAGGGCAUCCAAAGGAGAAUCACUGUCACUUUGGUGCAUGAAACAGGCAGCCUGAUCCGCUGGAAGGAAGUGCGGGAGCUGGUUGUGGGUCGGAUCCGGAACACCCCAGAAGCUGAUGAGUCUCUUAUUGACCCCAACAUCCUGUCCCUGAACAUCCUGUCCUCUGGCUACAUCCACCCCUCACAGGACGACCGGCAGUUUCUUGAUUCGGAUAUGCCUAGGACUUUUUACCAGUUUGAAACUGCGUGGGACAGCUCCAUGCACAAUUCACUGCUGCUCAACCGUGUCACCCCAUACCGGGAGAAAAUCUACAUCACCCUCUCCGCCUACAUCGAGAUGGAGAACUGCACCCAGCCUGCCGUCAUCACCAAAGAUUUCUGCAUGGUUUUCUAUUCCCGAGAUGCCAAGCUCCCUGCCUCCCGCUCCAUCCGCAACCUCUUUGGCAGCGGCAGCCUGCGGGCUUCAGAGAGCAACCGCGUGACGGGUGUCUAUGAGCUGAGCCUGUGCCGCGUGGCGGAUGCUGGCAGUCCAGGCAUGCAGAGGCGGCGCCGGCGCGUAUUGGACACCUCUGUAGCCUAUGUGCGGGGAGAAGAGAACCUGGCUGGCUGGCGGCCCCGCAGCGACAGCCUCAUCCUCGACCAUCAGUGGGAGCUGGAGAAGCUCAGCCUCCUGCAAGAAGUGGAGAAAACCAGGCACUACCUGCUGCUGCGUGAGAAGCUGGAGACAACCCAGCGGCUGGGCCUGGAGACCCUGUCCCCAUGCUCCAGCGAGGACUCCGAGUCCCGAAGCACCUCCUGCGUCUCCUCCCCACUCUCAGCUGAUGGGGCCCCAGAAGGACGGACCUCUCCUCCCGAAACCCCCAGUGAGAGGCAGAAGGAGCUGGCUGUGAAGUGCCUGCGCCUGCUCACGCACACCUUCAACCGCGAGUACAGCCACAGCCAUGUCUGCAUCAGCGCCAGCGAGAGCAAGAGCUGUGCCCGGCUUCGGGCAGAGACUCCAGUCCACACCUCCGCUCCUCCACAGCUGUCUGAAAUGUCUGUGACCCUGAUGAGAGACCCGUCCAUGUCAGCUCUCGGGGUCACCACCCUCACCCCCUCCUCAACCUGCCCGUCGCUGGUGGAAGGACGCUACAACACCAUGGAAGUCAGAACCCCACAGGUCUCCUCCAGGGUGGAGAGUCCUGACCUGGAGCCUGUGGUGGAAGGAGAUCAGAAGAAGUCCCCGUCCCGCCGGUCUGAGGAUGAGAAGGAGCCUCAGCGGCAGCUGGUGCCUGACAUUCAGGAGAUCCGAGUCAGCCCUAUCGUCUCCAAAAAGGGCUACCUGCACUUCCUGGAGCCCCACACCAAUGGGUGGGUGAAACGUUUUGUGGUGGUCAGGCGCCCAUACGUCUACAUCUACAACUCAGACAAGGACUCAGUGGAGAGGGCCAUACUCAACCUCUCCAAGGCCCAAGUGGAGUACAGUGAGGACCAGCAGGCCAUGCUGAAGACCCCCAACACGUUUGCGGUGUGCACGGAGCACCGGGGCAUCCUGCUGCAGGCAAGCAGUGACAAGGACAUGCACGACUGGCUCUAUGCCUUCAACCCCCUCCUGGCUGGGUCCAUAAGGUCCAAGCUGUCCAGAAGGAGAACAGCCCAGAUGAGAAUCUAACCUGAAAAGCACCCUCCACCUCAUCCGUCUGCCAACAGGAUCAAGAUAGCAGAUUCUGUCUCAAGAGUCCCCAUGUUAACAUCCGAUCUCUCACACCAUCUGCUGCCCCAGCUGCCUGCUCCAUGGAAGGAUCCGUCUCGAUCUACACCUUCAUGGGGGAAACUCAUUUCUGUUCGUAGCUGCAAACGCCCGGUCCCACCUGGGCAGGAUCUCUCGUGUGCAUGUGAUCUUCUGCCCCUCCCCCCAUGGGUGGCCUUCAUGUCACACAACCUGUAACGCUCCUGAAAGGUUCCUUUCGGAGAGGAGGGAGCAAGGAGGGUAGAUCCGGUUAAAAGCUGGUCUUUGACCUACAGAGGUAGCAGUGUCGUAAAGCUCAGAGAUGAGAAAUCAGGAGGAAUUGCUUCCACACGAAGGGAAAGUGGUAGUUUAGGUAUGGGGAUUUCCUAAUUUAUUGUUUCUACAAAAGAUGGCAGGGCAAAAUCAGGUGUCAGUAGUUUAAGAUUAUAUUUAUAAAGUAUUUAUUUCUAUUUACAUCACAAAAACCCAUACACUGGGUUCUGCCCCCGAACAGUGCCUCCCCUGAGCCGGGGAGAGGCUUGGCAGCGGGCUGGUGCCAAGGCCACCGCAGCCCCUCUCUCAGAGACACCUUUCUGGGAGAAGGGACCAAACACGGCGACUGCAGUGCGCUCGCCCUCUCUCCCCAUCCUUCCCUCAACCUUCUGCUUUGCCCCCCAGCGCUUAAACUACUUUUCCCAGAAGCGGUGACCAGACCGGGCACCACGUCUUCCCAAGCGAGGCAAUUCCUCCCUGCCCCAUCUACCUCUGGUGGGGGACGCAUGCUGUUUUGGGCGGCCAGGGCACCCACAUGCACAUGGACGAGCCAACCGCCCGAGCCCCGCGGGAUGGUUGUGCCUCACUGAGAACAAGUGUAUUUGGGCUCCUUCUUCUGUCCGGUGCCCGAAAUGCAGCCUACGUUGGCUGUCCCCAUGCUGCCCCCAGGGCCUCCUACCAGACAGCUGCGGAAGUCAGCAUUGCCAUGGCGGGGAGCAUGGAGGCUGGGCAGGCUGUUCCCAAAGCUGGCUGAUGAAGCUCCCCAGGAGCCGGGAUUCGGAGCAGCCAUCCCAGCCCCACGGCUCCUCGCACCCAAAGGCUCUGCUGUCCCCUCCUGCAGGAAGAACAGGGCUGAGGCAGGUGAUUGGGCAGUGCAGAGACCAGCGUCAGGGUGGGGAUGGUGGGGAGCAGAGAGGCCGGGGCUUCUUACUUUCAUAGCUGACGUUUUCAUACCCCACACCCCCGUUCCAGAAGUGCAAUCCCACCUUCCUCCCCUCGCCUCCAUAGGUAACUCAGUCUAUGGCUGCAGCACAGCCGUGCUGGCGGGGCUCCCCACAGCCUCCUCCUCCCCAACAAACCCCACACCCAUCGCUCACGUCCCUCCUCUCGUCUGUUCGUUGGUCGUUUUGCCGAGCGUGGGUGCUUCACUUCAGGGCUUCCCGAGGGUGGCCCAUGCAGCUCCGGGCAGGAAGGCGGGCGCCUUCCCCCGCACAUCCCCAGGCCCUGCUGGGCUUCGCUUCGCUGUCACGCAUUCACAGCCAACCUUAAUUUGCACAGCACGGCCACAUCUCGGCCCCACCACCGCACGUCCCCGCGCUGUCCCCUGUGUUGUCGGUGCGGUGCUGGGCAGAGGCCGUCCCUCCACACCGUUUGCUCCUUUGUAAACCCGCGGGGACGCAGAGGACGGGGGUGGCCGGGCGCAUCACUCCCCGUUCGGCUGUUUCCCUCGUUGGUAGGAUCCCAUUUUGGCCCAACUCCUGCCUGGGGGCGAGAGGCUCCUGCGGGCUGAAGGCAGCUCCCGGCAGAGGCCUUCCGACAGGGCCGGGCCCGGUGUCUGCCAGCAACCAGACACCGCUCUGGCGGCCAUGCAGGGCUGCGGGCCCGGCUCCGAGGCGUGCCUGAGGCCAGCCAACCUGCAGAGCACGCCGUGGGACCGGGCUCGAGGCCCGCAGCUCGAGGCCCGUUUCAGCCCCGCAGCCUCACGACCCCACGCGGGACCGCAGCCGUCCCCGCCCCGUUCCCGUGCUCCCUCCUCCCCGUGUUGGAGCUUCGGGCCCCGGCCGCCUGCCCGCGCGCCAGGCUUGUUCGGUU